UUCCGGAAAGCAAAUCGUCAAUUGCAUUGAAACACCAAUGGCGUAAAUACAAAUCGAGAAACUUCAAAACUUGUUUGUCACUAAGUGUUAAAAUGGUUGAUACAAAUAAUAUAUUUGGUUUUGAACUUUUUCAAGAAAUAUACAAUAAACAAAUUACAAAAAAGGAAGACCUAUUAAUUCUGUUCAUUCAUUGGUACCUUAUAAAACAGGGAUUUAGAUGCAUUGGAAUCGGCGAUUCUAAAGUAUUUGAACCAUCAGAAAAAGGAUCUCAAUUACUUCCAGAAGGAUGGAAUAUGCAACCAAGUUAUACAUUACGUUACAUAAAUAAUGGAAAAUUAUUCAUAUUCCAUGGUAUAAAAUCUGAUGAAGAUCUACUUGUAAAUUUAUUGAAAAUUCAUGAUCAAAAAGUAUCUACCAUUCAGUUUCCAAUUAAUCAAACUAUAAAUGAUCUCCAUGGAACAUUGGAAGUUAUAAUACCUUCAUAUCAAAAUAUUAUAAAUAUAAUUCAAACAGAUAUUAUAGAUACAUUGAUUCCUAGUAAUACAACAGAAAAUUCUACUCAGACAAUAUAUAAUACACCUGGAGAUGAUUCAUUAAGGGGUGAUCCAUUAAGGGUAUUGCCACAAUCUUCAUUUGCAUCAUCACAAUGGCGUCCUGCAGCUGAUCCUACGAAUAUAGGAGCCGCAGAUUUAAAUCCAUUAGGACGCGGCGGUGGUAUGAUUUUUGAUCCAUUUUCAUCGCAACGUAAUCCUAUAGAUCCAUACAGGCCAGCUUUAGGAGUUCCUGGCAGAUUACCAUCUGGCGCGGUUCCGCCGUUUGCAAGAUUUGAUCCUUUUGGUCCACCAGAUCUUGAUCGACCAAGACCACGACGUGAUCCAGAUAAUGAUCAUUUACCUCCUCCAGGAUACAAUGAUAUGUUUAUGUAAAAUGAACAAAAUGUAAUGAAAAAUAUAUCGCUAAGAUUUAUUAUUAUA